AUCGCGACUUGUUUUUUGGAAAUCAUGUCCCGGAUAACAUCAACAUUUGGAAAAGUAGAUGGACUUAGGUCUUCAGAGAAACUGCAGGGAGUAUUUUAGACCAUAACAAGACCAUACUAGAGAACCUGUGUGACAGCCGUUGUGUAUGAAGUCACUCUAAAAAGUCUUAAGGCAAAUCAACUGAAAUAUUUGAUAAGUUAUUGAAAGUAUGGCAGACAGUGGGAGGAUUACCAUGCCAAUAGGCGUCCAACCACCAGACGUUCUUGAAUGGUCAAGAACCCUUCGCUCACGAAGUCCAUCACCAACAAGAAUGAAUGGCCUGAGGUCUCGGAGUCCAUCUCCGACCAGACUCUCGAGUGCCAGAGACGAAAACGAAUCUGCUUCACACAAAGGAGUCUAUAUGACGGACGUCCCAACCAGUGCAGGUCUACCAAAAUAUUCUGUCAACAAGAUGAAGAAGUCAAAAUCUGGCUCCAGUGCUGGACUGCGGAAAUCUACGGGAAGUCUAGCUGCGACAUUUAACGGGACAAGUAGCAGUGGGAAGCUGAAUAAGUCGGGGUCUGGGACCCAUGACUUAGGAAACAUCGAGGCAGAGUACAUAAAAAAUCUACAACAGCAAAUCUACUUCCUGGAGCUGGAGUCCAACUAUCUUCGGGAGCAGGCACGCAAGGCGACCGAGAUGCACCCACACAUGACUGCUGAGGCAGAAAGAAUGCUCGUCAAAUUAAGAGCAAUGCAGUCAGAGAUGGACAAUGCUCAGUUAGAGUGUAAGAGUAAAGACUCGUCCAUCGCUCAGUCCAUCUGUGAGAGGGAGAGACUGGCAGAACGAAUUAGGGACGAAGAAGUGAAUCACCAGCGCAACAAACGACAACUAAUGGAUGAGAUAAUUGCUUUGAAGAAGACGCGGGAUGCAUUAGAGCAUGACAUGUCUAAUAAGGACGCCCAAGUCAGCGAGGCUCGACGAGAACUUGACAUGAGUGCUACAGCCAUAAGAAAUGCAGAGCUAAAAAUCUCCACACUGAAGACCCAGUUGGACCAAAGAACAGAGCAGCACAAAAUGACUCAGAUUGCCUUGGACGAGAAGCGCUCGGAAUGUCUAAGUACCGAGACUCAGCUACGGGAGAUCGAGGAGAAAUACUACAAUAACACCGUACAGAUACAGGACAAGCUUUCUAAUGACCUUAGGGAAGAAAUCAGGUUAUUGAGACAGAAGCUAAAAGAGACUGAGAUGAACGCAGACCAUGACCGCUAUCUGAAGAGCAAGAUGUCCGAGGACAGUACCAACUUAGCCCGAGAAAAUGCCCUCCUUGAGCAAAAGCUUCAGGAGCUAGAGAGCCGGUUUAUCAGGGAGAAAGAGAUUCGAGAAAGUCAAGAGACCCGCCAUGGUAGCCAUGUUUCAGAGCUUGUUCAGCUCCGCGACAAAGAGAAGGAGGCCCGCUUUGAGCUACAACAUACUCAGGAUCUGCUGCGCAAGGAACAGGAAAGGAACAGGUUAUACUCUGAAAAGUUGGUGAAGCAGGAAGCAGUGGCUACAUCCCUUGAUCUCAGCGUGAAUACAUCUCGGAGUCGCAUCACGGAGCUCGAGAGCUACCAGAGCGGGGUGGAACAUGAAAACGCUCAGCUACGCAAAGACAAGACUCUUCUAGUGGACCAUGUGUCUGACCUGCAACGCAAGUUGGAGACGAAAGAUCGCGAUAUCAACACCCUCAGGUCCCAGAUGCACUUAAUGGAGUCCAAGGUACAGGAGCUCCAGCAUCUGAAACAGAUGGAGUCGUCCGUCCACACUCAGAAAUGGGAGGAGUUUGAGAAGUUGGCAGAGAGCAUGCGUAACCUGUCACACACAAUGUCCACAACCGGGACGUCAAGCUCCAACGUACUGCAGUAUUAAUUGAUGUCUCAUCUUGUACACCCUGAGGCUUCUUCAUUUUAGUCGACAGAGCAGCUAUGUAACAAAUGAGAAAAAACAGAGAAUCUGGUGAUCAGUUCCUCCUUAUACCAAGGCUUUUUAAACUGCAGUCUUUUUUUAUAAAGGCCUACUUCCAGAAAGUUGUGUCACUAUGUAGCUUCUGACUGGUAACCUGCUCCAACCAUGCCCUGUUUUAUUUAUUGUAGAUUAAUUUGCUUGUUGUAAGGUUUACUUCCUUUGAUAUAUGUUAGAACUAGGAGGUUAGUACAUUGUAAUCACCUUCUGGUUUAUAACAAAUGAAGGCAAACGUUUGGAAAUGGUUCUGAACAUACAAAUAUAAUUUUUAGCUGAUUAUGAUUGACAAAAAGUAGUAAUCUCUGACCACAGAUAUGCUGAUAUAUAGUAUGUUGAUCAGUCCACUUGACCUAACACAAAUCUGAUAGUUACUAAGACUUAUAGUAUAUGCAAGUGCUUUUCUAAUCCUAGACUGAUGGAAGAUUAAAAUGGUCUACACAAGACCACCAGGCAAUGACUGUUAAUUAGUGUUAGCAGUGGGACAGCCUGAAUCACUGGUGUCACAUGAUCUGUAAGACGUGUCACAUGAUCAAAAUGGUCUGUACUUCUAUUUCACCACGAUUGUACUUUUGGUAGAUAAAUAAAGGCAGAAAAAUGUCGGUAUAAUAGUCGAUUUCAUAUUAGUUUGUCACGUCUACUUAAAGAACUCGCACAACUUAAUCAUUUACUUGAUGCUAUUAUUUAGCUUUGAGCUAAUAGCUCUAAUAUUUGAAGUUCACCACUUUUGACAACUGUCUAGAUUUAUAGAUACAUAGCUGACAAAGGCUUCAAAAGGCAGUUUUUGUGAGUUUAGUGGCAUAUAAGAGCGCUACAAGCUUCUGCUUUUGACAACCGGAAGUUUACAAGCCUCACCGGUGAAGUGUGAUGGGAACACCCCCCUGACUUUUGAUCACCAUAUAAAUCCAACGUCGCUCAUAAAUCUAGUAAAACUAAUCAUAUUUCCAAAGUUCAAUAUCUGUAGAUUUCAUUCAAUAAAAAUAUGUCAACAAUUACAUUUAAAUUACUCGGAGGCACUGUAUUUAACCGGAAUUUUAGGUAGGGAUUACACUGAUCGUAUGAAACACUUGCUGAUUGGCUUAUUUAGUUGUGUGAGUCCUCAAAGAACCAGUAUUCAUUAAGAUAGUUUGGAUAUCUGUGACAUUUUAUAUACAAUGUAGCUUCAAUACUGAUGAAUUUUUCAUAAUAAUUGGAGGUUAGAAAUGGAAGAAUGAAUCUCUUUGUGAAAAUGAAUAAUUUUACUUGUAUAAACAUCAUUCCUUGUAAAGGAAAAUUAAAUUCAACAUCAUUUUGUCAUUCAUCAAUAACAAAUAUUAUUAUUUGAUGAUGAUUAAAACUUAUGAAGAAUUGAAAUGAUUUGCUGUGCUGUUCAAAUGUAAUAAGCCAUGCCAGGCUCAUUGACAGGCUAUAAAGAUGUAGGAAGGAACUAGGAUUUUAUACUAAAUAAUGGGCUUAUUUCGGGUUUGUAAUUGAGAUGGGUGGGAUAUGGUAAACUGCAUGUAGAAGAUUUGGAGGAAUCGCAUGAUAGCAAUAAAGAAAAAUAAAAAAAGAUGUGUGGUCAUUUAGAUUUUUCAUGCUAUGCUGCCAGUUCAAAAGACAUCAGUUCUGAUGUUUUAGGAGUUUUCUAUUCUUUCCUGUAAAGAAAGUUUAAGCUAAGUUUGUUUUUUGUUGCAUAUAUUGUAUUUAUCCAGAUGUGGUAGAGUAUGAUUUUUUUUCUAGAAUAAUUUCAUUGUAAAAGAAAUGGUUUUGGUUUUACCGAAAAAGUCUUGCCUUACUUUGGUAUUUGUUGUCAUUUAGAUAGAAUUAUUUAUCAUCCUCAUAAUUUUUUCUAAAUUAUUUAAUUUUUAGUGAACAAAUUGACUCGGCUGUAACUUUUAUUGUAAAUUUGAUAAAACCUUCAUUCCUGUAACAUGCAAAAUUUUCAGCGAAUACUUAAUAUGUAUCAAACAUGUUGAAAAAAAUGAAUUAUUUAGAAAAAAAGAUACCCAUCUGUAUACCAUUCAUGUAUUUUUUACUGUGACAUUUCAAAACGAAAAAAAAAUCAAAAAAAUCUAGAAGACGGAUUGUUACAAUAAAAAUAUUCUUGUCUGGAUCAGUAUUCUCAAGCAGCUGUUUGCAAUUUUAACAGUUUUAACAGUCUUAAAAUGGUGGUACUCUUGUUAUCUCUUAGAACGACCACAGGGGAAAGGCAAAGACUAACCCCCACCCCUUCUAUGCUUAUAUAGUGUGGGGUUAGUCUGUGCCUGGCCCCUGAGAGUAAGACUAAUCGGGUAUUGUGUUGUGGAACAAGUUAACAUGUAAUUAACAUAUUGCUAUCAAGUGUCUGUGAUGAAGUUGAUUUCAGGUAUGAUCUGUGAUUGAUAUCUCUUAGUUGUGUUUAUUGUGAUAUUUUCAUGACAUUCCGUUGUUUUUAUUUAACACAAGGUAUCGUUUACUUAAAUCCGUCCAAAUACUGUAGUUUCCUGCAGAUAGUCAAGUGUUACUUUUAAAUGAGAUUUUUAUUUUAUGUUAUUAGAUAGAAAAUAACUUAUAAUCAAUAUAUAAUUUAAUUAGUCUGGUUUGUUUUAGAUUUAUUUUCCUAUGACGUAGAUAUCUAAAAUAUUCAAACAUGCCAUUAUGUAUACCUGGAAAAUUUUGCAGAGCAAAGCUUUCACCCUCGGCAGAAUAAUCCAUAUUAACCUAGUGUUAAUUUCGCCCUUCACAUUUAAUAACUAAGCAUAUUGUGUUGUUUAUAAUUAUUCACUGUAAUGAUAAAUUUGACACCUUCAUUACGUCAGGCGAAAAAAAGGCGAAAAAUUAUACUGCAGCGAAAAAUUCUUGGUAUACAGUUUUCAAUUUGAUUUUUUUUAGGAUGAUUUUUUUUUUUGAGAAUAUUGAUUUAUACAUUUAAAUAUUGGAUUCUGUCAUUGAAUCAUCAAAUGAUGUGGAAACUUGUGUCAUAGAAAAUAUGAAUUAAUCCAAGCUGACAAGGCAGUAAACAACAAGAGUCUAGGAACAGAUAUUUAAAGCAUUGUUAGCUUAAGCAGACAUUUUAACAAUGAUUUUUGUCUCGUUAUUAUGAUAAUUUUUUUAUGUUCCUGGUCUUCACACAUCAUAUUAACUCAUUCACCACUGAAGAAACAUUUGAACUCUUCCAAUUCAAAGGUUGGAAUAAUUCAUUAUGAAAUUUCAGGGGUGAAUGAGUUAAUUUUCUGUUCAGUACAUGUAUUUGUACCAUAGAUCUUUUAUUUCAACCUUUUAAGCUGACAAGGCUUUGAAGUAGUGGGAUGAACUUUUUUACUUAUGUAUUCUCAGUUAACUGUACAUUAAAAUAAAAGAGUAAUGUUGUAGCUACAAUAUUUCCUAUUUCAUUUUUUUUUAAUGUUUCAAAUGUAGGAAAAAUUGAGGAUUUCAUUGUAUUUUCUUUGAAUUAGUUUUAAGUUAUAGAUAAUUUUUACGAUUAUUUUUUCUUUUUCACUUUUUAUUCCUGAAAUUUUAUUCACAUAUAUGUAUUAAAAUUGUUUAUGAAUUAAUUGUUGCAUAAAAAAUGGGAAUUUUUGUUUAUUGGGAAAUCUGUAAUAAUUUGAAAGUUCAAGUAGAUCUGACAAAACUUACCGGUACCAAAAUAAUUCCAGAAUAAUUUGAUUUCAGUGUGUAUAUGUUACAUGGUAUGAAGUUUAAACAGCAUUUCUAUGAGUCUGUCCACGUAAAUUGUCCACUUCAGACCUGAGUCAGUGAACAUGUGUUUGUACGUUUAUAUCUUUUCAAUGCAUUUUUCGCUUUGAACCUGGGGUGAAGUUCAAAGCUCUUUAUCAACGAAUCAUUAUCUGUCCCUGUAGCUUUAUAGUAUAGCAUUGUCUUCAGUGCCACCAACUUGCUGCUAAAUGAUGAUGACUUAAGGAUGUAUGCUACUUUACACAUAACAUCUGUGACUUGUGAUGGAGUUGACCACUUGAAAAAAUAACAAAUACCUAAUGGCCAUGCAUCAAUGUUUACAUAUAGUAACUGAGCUCAUUUUGUUUCCUGAGCGCCUCUACUAGGAGUCGAACACCUGACUACAGAUCUCUAGUCCAGUGCUGUACUGGUUGAACUAAAGGGAAUUUCCCUCUAGGUGCAUCAGUAACAAGUGACAAGAUUUGUCAACACUGACUUAUAUUACCGGUAAUUGUCUUAUCAAUAAAUCAACUUUGUCCUGAUCAAAGUAUGUUAUUGUACAGGUUUCAUAAUAUAGACCUGUUAUGGACCUUAAGUUGUAAGGUAACAUAUGUCCUUAAGUUGUAGAGCAACAUAUCUCCUUAAGUUGCAAGGUAACAUACAUCCUUAAGUUGUAAAGUAACAUAGUCCUUAAGUUGUAAGGUAACAUACAUACUUAAGUUGUAAGGUAACAUACGUAUUUAAGGUAACAUACAUCCUUAAGUUGUAAAGUAACAUAGUCCUUAAGUUGUAAGGUAACAUACGUACUUAAGUUGUAGAGUAACAUACAUCCUUAAGUUGUAAGGUAACAUACGUACUUAAGUUGUAAACAUACCUACUUAAGUUGUAAGGUAACAUGCGUACUUAAGUUGUAAAGUAACAUAGUCCUUAAGUUGUAAGGUAACAUACAUACUUAAGUUGUAAGGUAACAUACAUCCUUAAGUUAUAAAGGAACAUACCUCCUUAAGUUGUAGAGUAGCAUACCUCCUUAAGUUGUAGCAAUGAAGACCAGCAGGAUAACUGUCUAUAGCCACUGUAGCACAUACAGCUAAAACAUGUAUCUACACCUAAGCUACCUGUCAUAUUAAAGUUAUAUAUAUUUAUUUACUGUU